GAACGAAAAACCAGGGCCUGAACUCCAAUAUGCACAACCUCGGUCAAAUUGAUUUCUUUAAAUAUUAAUGGCGAAAAGGAAAAUACGAUUUUUAAAUUCAAAAUUAUAUGAAGAAUAAUGAUUUUCAUUAAUUGAAUAUGAUGUGGUUACAUGUAUAUAUAUAAGAGGAAUCUCAAUCUUAAACAUGGUAGGAGAGACACAAGGAAGGAAACCUAUACAAAUAAGAAAUAUAAGGGACGCCACGGAGGACAGCUGGGCUUGGGUGACCAAGGCGCCUGUGCCAAAUCUGAGGAUCGACAUCGGCGACAUGGGCUUGUGCAGUGAUGAGAGCAGAAGCGGUGGAGACAGAGGAGAUAACCAGAUCGGAGACUUCGUCAGAGAUGGUGGACAGAAUCCAUCCCUAGAGGAGAGCAUCAAGUUGGAGCCAUUCAUCAUCGUCUUCAGAGAGAGGGACGAUGGAGCCGUUGAUGUAGCCCUGGAGAUUGAAUCGGCGGACCAGGAGGAGAAAGAGGCGACUCCACUUCUUGUAGUUCGGUUGAGAGAGGCUGAGAAGAACCGGAACAUGGAGUUUGACGUUGGAGACCGUCGUGAAAGCAAGAUGAGGAGGCUUGGCCGGGGUGACGUUGGUGUUGGAGGUGAUCUCGCUGUCGGCCAUUGGGGAGAGGAGAGCCGGCGACGAGAGGAGGAGAGGAGGAGAGAAGCUGCUGCCGGCGACGAGAGGGAGAGGCGGCGCUGCUGCCGCUGGAACAGCCGAGAGGGAGAGCCGAGAGGUAGGGUUAGGGUUUGUGAUUUUGUUUUUUUUGUUUAAUUAGGCUCCGAUACCAUGAAGAAUAAUGAUUUUCAUUAAUUGAAUAUGAUGUGGUUACAUGUAUAUAUAUAAGAGGAAUCUCAAUCCUAAACAUGGUAGGAGAGACACAAGGAAGGAAACCUAUACAAAUAAGGUAAGGGAAUAAUA